AGGAAGUUAAGAUGCAUAGUUGUUCAGUAUCUCUCGGGCUAGGCUAUAUGACUUGCCACUGCUCCCCACAUAGACACAGCAGGCUUUCACAGCUCUACAGACGACACAACGUGCUGCUCCGCGUGUAGAAGCUAAGGUUUACUGAGAACUAUGGAGGGACCUUACAAGUACAUCAGGGAUGGGAAUGGGAAAGUUAGCCGGGUCAUACGAAUUGGAACCCGAAAGAGCCAGCUCGCUCGUAUUCAGACGGACAGCGUUGCAGAGAAGCUGAAGGGACUGCACCCCGAUGUCCACAUGGAAAUAGUUGGCAUGACAACUACAGGGGACAAAAUCCUUGACACAGCGUUAUCAAAGAUCGGAGAGAAGAGCCUUUUCACCAAAGAACUGGAGACUGCUCUGGAGAGGAACGAGGUAGACUUGGUGGUCCACUCUUUGAAGGACUUGCCCACGACUCUGCCUCCUGGCUUUACCAUAGGAGCAGUGCUAAAGCGGGAGAACCCCCAUGAUGCAGUUGUCUUGCAUCCCAAAAACAUGGGCAAAUCUCUCGACACCCUGCCCGACAAGAGUGUGAUAGGCACAAGUUCGCUGCGACGGGCUGCUCAGCUAAAGAAAAGAUUCCCCCACCUUGAGUUUAAAGAUAUUCGAGGAAACCUCAACACGAGGUUGAAGAAGCUGGAUGAAAAGGACGACUUCUCGGCCAUUAUACUGGCUGCAGCAGGACUGAGUCGCAUGGGCUGGGAGAGCCGAGUCAGCCAGAUCCUGGGCCCUGAGGACUGUAUGUACGCUGUUGGACAGGGGGCUAUUGCCAUUGAGGUGCGGGCCAAAGACAAGGACAUCCUGGAGAUGGUGUCUGUUCUGCACGACCCCAACACGGUCCUGCGCUGUAUAGCAGAGCGAGCUUUCCUCAGACGACUGGAGGGGGGUUGCAGUGUACCAGUUGCUGUCCACACUGAAGUCAAGGGCUCUCAGCUCUACCUGACGGGUGCAGUGUACAGCCUGGAUGGUUCAGACAGUCUCAAGGAGACCAUGCAGACCAGCAUUGCUUCAGACAAUAAGGUGGAAGAGCGAGUGGAUGAGUGGGUCCAGCGAGUUGGCGUCACAGCGAACAACAUGCCAGGCCCGGCCCAGGAUGCUUCUGAGACGCUAGGUCUAGACCUGGCCAAUCUACUCCUGAGUAAAGGGGCUAAGGAGAUCCUUACCGUGGCCAGGGAGCUCAACGAUGCGCGAUAAAUACAUUCUGUGCCCCCAGCUAGGUCUGGAGGUGUAACCUACACUUACCGGUAUUCCAUACUAAUAUUAAAGCUCACCAGUGGCUGACUGAGGACUCGUGAUAUAGAAUAGCACCACUAGACCUGGGUUCGAUUAGUAUGCGUUUUCACUUAGAGUUUGAUUUAGCCUGCUUUCAGCGCCAGAACAUUAAUGUACAGGUAACUGCCAAAAUAAAGGAAACACUUGAGUAAAUGAGGGAUACAAAGUGUAUUAGUAUUAAAACAGGUGCUUGCACAGAUGUUUGGUUCCUGAGUUAAUUAAGCAAUUAGGAUCCCAUCAUGCUUAGGGUCAUGUAUAAAAAUACUGGGCAGGCCAUAGGAUCACAAUGCCCUCAUCCACAGGGCACGAAUGGUCGCUGAAUGGUUUGAUGAGCAUGAAAAACAAUGUAAGCCGUAUGCCAUGGUUGUCUCAGUCACCAGAUCAACCCAAUUGAACACAUGGGAGAUUCUGAAGCGGCGCCUGAGUGUUUCCCACCACCACCAACAAAACACCAAAUGAUGGAAUUUAUCGUGGAAGAAGGUUGCUCCUGCUAAUAGAGGUGCAUUGAAGCUGUUCUGGCUCGUGGUGGCCCAACGCCCUCUCGAAACACUUUAUGUUUCCUUUACUCUGGCAGUUACCUGUACACACAUUUAGGGACUCCAUUUCUAGCUGUCGUUGGGAUCAUGCUACCUCUUUCAUCAACAGAGCUCUGAUGAAUGACAGAGCUUUGUUUGAUGAAUGACGCGUGUGACACAUUAGUGAUGUCUGUUGAACAGACCCAGAACAUGCAAGCUACGGUGACAAACUCUAGCUUAUGAGUACUGUCAGACCAAGCCCAAGCCCACCUGUCUACAACACCAGAGCGACUAUUACUUUUACGUGUAUAUAUAUUUUUUCCCCUUGAUCGGCAGAAUACUAAUGUCAAGACAAUUAGGAAAGCACUGCAUAUAAACAAACGAUAAACACUGGAUGCCGUACAAAAACGAAACGUUGGAUACCUGUGACAUUUUCCUUUCAAUGUGUUCACAUAAGUUUAAUGUGUUUUGGAUCCUGGGAGGAUUUUUAUUGCUUACUUGUUUUGCUAUAUCAAUUUUACGAAUAUAAAGCAGCGUACAAUAACACCCAACAAACGUCAUCUGCGUCCUUAAAAACAGGGCCUGUGUUCAUAAAGCGUCCCAGAGUAGGAGAGCUGACCAGGUACUCCCUGGCCAUGUAAUCUUAUUCAUUAUGGCAAAUUUGAUCCUAGAUUAGCACCCCUAUGCUGACACACUUUAUGAAUACGCACACAGGUUUGGUAUGUUCACUGUGUGUACUUGAUCCAGCCUACUAGUCCACGACUUCAGAAUUGAACAAGUAUUCCAUAACCAUCCCACUAGAUAUUGCUCAUAUAGUAAUUAUGUGUGUGUGUGUUAUGAAGAAAAUAGAGAAAUUAAUUGAAUGUAAUAUAGUUGUAGGCUACCUUUUUAGAUAUGUUGUGUCAUUUGUUAACAAACCUUAUGCAGUCAGAUAGCAUAGUUUUGUGUCUUACUUUAGUUUCUGUCUAUAUGGCUGCUGUGUGUACAGCUUUGCUUACAACCUAAUUACCUUGAUCUACAAAUAUGCCUUUUCCUUGUACCCCUUGAGCCUGCACAGGUUUUCCUCAUUGUGACCCCUCUAACUUAUAUUUUUGCAGAAUUCACUAUGUUACAUCAUGUUAUAUUAAGUGGUGUUAUGUUGUCUGACUAUCGAUACUUGAAAAGGCAUAGAGAGGGUGGUUGUGCCAUAUUUCUGUUUUGCAGCUUUCUGCUUUCCGCUGUAGUGCUCAGACGUUUUAAGAAGAUGCUGGUCAAAUGAUAAUUGCCAUACCAUCUAUUCGUUCAAUAUCGCAGCAUUCAUCAUGAUAUGACAGAAUGUGGAAAUGUAUUGCAAUCUGAAAGCGUGAUGCUUUGCUUCGUCACCUUCAUUAAUUCUGUGUCAUUAAAAAGGAGGCGGCCUCAAUUAAAGCCACUUGUUACUCUCUA